UUUCACGCUUCCUAGAGUCCAACCCAGUGAUGAUUGAUGCCAAAGAGGUGUCUGCAGCGCACAGGGCCCGGUACUUCUGGGGUAACCUUCCCGGUAUGAACAGGUUGGUGAGAGCAUGGCCGUUGGCAUCUACAGUGAAUGAUAAGCUGGAACUUCAGGAGUGCCUGGAGCACGGCAGGAUAGCAAAGUUCAGCAAAGUGCGAACUAUCACCACUCGCUCUAACUCCAUCAAGCAGGGCAAGGACCAGCAUUUCCCCGUCUUCAUGAACGAGAAGGAGGACAUCCUAUGGUGCACGGAGAUGGAGAGGGUCUUUGGCUUUCCGGUUCAUUACACAGAUGUCUCCAACAUGAGCCGUCUGGCCCGGCAGAGACUGCUAGGCAGAUCUUGGAGUGUGCCAGUGAUCCGCCAUCUCUUUGCUCCCCUGAAGGAAUACUUUGCCUGCAUUUAAGACACACAGGAACUAGUGAAGUGGAACAAAUCAGAAAUAAAACCACCCAUGAGAAGAGAAGUGAAAAUGUGGAACAAGAGAAAAAUCAGCACCCAGAAGAGAGAAAGGAUUAAACCCGAUGGGAAUCCACCGCGUCUCCCCAAGCGAAAGGGUUCGGUGUCCUCUCCUGAAUUUUCAAUGUUCAGCUUUUAGCCUAUUUAAAAAAAAACAAAAACCGUU